AUGACUGACGAUCGAGUACCGGAAAAUGAAAUUGAGCAUAAUACUCCUCCUUUAAAAAAAAUAAAAAGACAAAAUCAAUCUUCGUCAUUAUUGGAGAACAUACCUGACGCUACGAGAUAUCGACGUUCUUUUAUGCAUAAAGAUAAUUUACAUUCAUGUUAUUCUACUAAAAGUAAUCUCAUUUUAACCAUUAGUUAUGAUGGUCAUGUCAAGUUUUGGCAUAAGACAACCGAUGGCAUAGAAUAUAUUAAAGACUUCCCUGCACAUAAUGGGAGAGUCAUUUCUACUUACUUAAGCACAAAUGAGCGAAUCCUUUCUACUUGUGCUGAUGAUAAUACUGUAAAGGUAUUUGAUGUCGAGGGCAUUGAUAUGGUAAAUAUUAUUGAUUUAGAAUUUCUGCCAAAUGAUCUGGUUUCGUUCAAUACAUCAUCUAUGAAGGAAGAAAUGCUGGCUAUUUCAGAUGCUAAUUCGCCGUUGGUGUAUUUUUUUGAUUUAGAGGGGGAUGGCAAUGUUCUCUACAGUGUAAAAAAACACUCGACUCCGGUGCAUGUACUGGAAUAUGUGAACAGCUUAGACUGUAUGCUCUCUGUUGACCAAGGUGGCAUGGUAGAAUACUGGAGUCCCGAAGAGCCAUUUCGAAAACCAAAUAGACCAGAUAUGUUUGAACUAAAGAGUCAAACAGAUUUAUAUGUUUAUAAGAAAUCAAAAAGUGUACCAUCAUCUAUCCAAAUUAGUCCAUCUGGGAAAUACUUUUCAUCGAUUUCGUAUCCAGAUUGGAAGGUCCGGGUAUUUGAUGUAAAAAGUGGACGGAUAGUGCUAGAAUUUGAUGAGCAUCCUUUAGAUGCGGCAAAAAAGAUGGAGCAUGCAUUGGUGAAAGAGGAUGUGAACUCUCUGUAUUUUAUGAACCAAGUAGAAUUCGGUAGAAGAUUGGCUAUUGAAAGAGACAUUGAACGAGCUGGGUAUUUAGCUGGUACAAUCGCUAUUUUUGAUGAAAGUGAAAGUUACAUCAUUUACGGAAGUAUUCUUGGAGUGAAAGUUCAGUCUAUUAAAGAUGGAUCUUUGUCACGGGUACUUGGACGAGAUGAAAGUAUUCGUUUUGUGAAAGUUUCACUCUACCAGGGAGCUCCUAAGAAAGGGAAAAUGGCGUCUUUGGAAAUCAUGGCCAGCAACAAUCCUUUGGUUGAAGAAAGCUUUCGAAAGGAUCCAACUUUGUUUUGUACUGCGUGGAAAAAGCAGCGCUUUUACCUGUUUGGAUCAGCUGAUGAGAACAUCACUUUGGCUGACCGUGAUACGCUGAAUGAACAUGCAGCAGGACUUGCAAACGAGACAAAUAAGGCGGAAGAAAAGACUGCUUUAUUAGGGAAAGCUGCCAUAUUACACACUACCCAAGGAGAUAUUAGCAUAAAACUUUUACCUGAAGAAGCACCAAAGGCCGUUCAAAAUUUCACGACUCAUGCAGUCAAUGGAUACUAUGAUAACACCAUCUUUCAUCGCAUUAUUAAAAAUUUCAUGAUUCAAGGAGGAGAUCCACUAGGUGAUGGUACUGGGGGAGAAUCAAUAUGGGGUAAAGAUUUUGAGGAUGAAUUUUCACCGAAUUUGAAGCAUGAUCGUCCUUUUACCGUUUCAAUGGCGAACUCCGGUCCCGAUACAAAUGGUUCCCAAUUCUUUAUUACGACUGAUCUGACACCCUGGUUAGAUGGGAAGCAUACUAUAUUCGGUCGUGCGUACGCUGGUUUAGACGUUGUUCAUCGGAUUGAGCAAAGUGAAACGGAUAAGUACGAUCGCCCUCUUGAGUCAUCAAAAAUCAUCAACAUAUCCAUCCUGUAUAACUAA